CGUCAAAAAUGUAAACACGGAAGAGCAGUCAAGGGCAGAGCACUCUUAAUGCUCUGCUAAAAAUGAUACGUGUAAAUUUUUUGUUAGCUACAUUCGCCUUGAUCAGUUAUUCUCAAGAAGAAGCGAAUACUUCACAAAAAAAGAACGGAGGAUGGACAACAUUGGAUGAGGAGCGUAUUGCCCAGCCUGGACCCUGCAACAUAGACAGGGUCGACAUCUCCACAAUGACCUUUACUCAAAAGCAGUUCAUUGAAAACUAUGCAUACCAUCGUCCAGUUGUGAUAGUGAAAGGAACAGAUAACUCGAAAUUCCAUGCCAUGUGCGAGAAAUCCCAGCUGUUGGAGAAGUAUGGACAUAAAGUUGUGCGACUGAGCUCGGCCAACACUUACUCUUAUGAUAAAAGGGAUGUAGAGCUAUCUCAUUAUGUGGACCACAUCAUGAGGCCUCAGACCCUUGACAGACUGGGCAACGAGACUUUCUACUGGUUUGGUGACAAUGACCAUGCUGCCUUUAAUGACCUCUUCUCUGCCUACAAACCUCCUCCAUAUUCCCUGCCCAACCUGUCUGCAAUGUACAGCUUUGGGGUUGCAGCUGCAGGAACGGGGGUACCAUUCCAUUUCCAUGGGCCAGGGUUUGCAGAAGUAAUUUAUGGUAGAAAGCGCUGGUUCAUGUAUCCACCAGAGAAACAGCCAGCAUUCAAUCCGAACAAGACAACACUACAUUGGUUGAUGGAGGAAUAUGAAAAACUACACCCAUCUGACAUGCCUCUGGAGUGUACUAUUGAUCAAGGAGAGGCAAUAUACUUCCCUGACAGAUGGUGGCACGGUACCCUGAACAUCGACACCAGCGUGUUUAUUUCCACAUUCCUUGGCUGACUUACAUGCAUAGGAUGUGUGGGAAUAGCUCAACAUGAGCCCAUUCAUUAUCAUUAUCUGCGAGUGUGCACGUUAUCAUAAUAAUCAUUUUAUAUAAAUAACGUUCACGAUUAUGUGCCUGUUUUAGAAGAAAUCUGUGUUCAUCACUAUAAUUGUCAUUGUGUCAUAUAUGGUCGAUAUUAUGAGCAUAUUAAGCAUUGUUAUGUAUUACUGAGCCUAUCUGAGUAUUUAUUUAUUGAGAGUAUUAUGUUUUACAAUAAAUAUCUUUAUUGAUUUUA